UUUUUUGCAGUCUGUGAUUAAUACUCGUUUUACUACUUUUGAUAUAAAUAAUGGCGAUGGAAUGGAUCUAGGCGAUGUUAGUAAUAUUCAAAUCUUAAGUAAUUUUUAUGAAACUGGAGAUGAUGCUAUAGCAAUGGGUACUGGACAGGGAAAAAGAUCUAAUUCUCCGCCUGUAGAAUUUGUUGUUAUUAGGAAUAAUUAUUUCCGACACGCACAUGGAUGUUCCUUUGGUGGUAAUCUUGGAGAUUGGGUACAAGAUGUCCUUAUUGAGGUAAAAAAUUCUAGAGUUACAGAGUGA